UGAUAGAUGUUUCUGCAUUGUUGGAUCUCGAAACAAGCAUUUCGCUGCACGCGCAAAACGGUGUACACGACCAAUAAACGUUGAUUUGAUUUGCACUUCUUCACCCUCUUCCGUGAAAACAGGGGAGUCUACUGUCUCAGACAGACCGCGCCCUUGUCGCCCUCUCACAUACGGAAGAGUGAACUUUUCCCCUGCUGCAGUCAGCUACUUUCUGAGCGCAACCCCUCUAUCCUUUCAGUAUGCAGACGGCUCGGAAUGGCUACUGACGCCAGCACGCUUGAGGAGCUACAUAGCGAGCUCACCUGUCCAGUGUGCCUCGAGCUCUUCCGUGAGCCGGUGAUCCUCGAGUGCGGACACCACUUCUGUCGCGUGUGCAUUACGCAGUGCUGGGAGGCCAAGUACGAUGAACACCCGACCUGCCCGAAGUGCCGAAAGACAUGCGCUCCGAAGCUGCGCCCCAACUCGCUUCUGUGUAACGUCGUGGACAGCGUGAGGAGAGCUCGAGCCAUGGAUGGGAAACCCGGAGACCAGGAGAGCUCACAGGAGGAUACUGAAGAACGGCAACGGGGGGGCAUUAUGCCCAGCUCCGGGUUCAGUUUCACCGAUUUCUCUCCUCGCCUCGAGUCAGACCGGUGCGAGGAGCACGAGGAGAAAUUGAAGUUAUUCUGUGAGGAUGAUCAGCUCGCGAUCUGCCUGGUGUGCGGGAUGUCCCGAGACCACAAGACGCACAAUGUCAUCCCCAUCAACGAGGCGUUCGAGAACUACAAGGACAAGCUGUCCAUAGCCCUGGAGAGAGUAAUGAUCCAGACUGAACAGGCUUCUCUCUGUCAGGUCCAGACCAACAACAAGAUCAUGCUCAUCAAGGAGCGAGCUGGGGACAUAGAGGAGCAGGUGAGUGCAGAGUUUGGACGUCUGAGGGAGUUCCUUCUCCAGGAGGAGGAGAGGGUGAAGGAGAGUCUGCGGCGGGAGAAGGAAAAUAGGCUCAACCAAUUGGAGGAGGUCCUCAAACACACCACAGAGCAAAUCGGCCAGUUAGAGCAAACUGCCGACCAGCUCCGCGUCAAACUCCGAGAGAAUGAGAACCCGGCACAACUCCGGGGAAUCAAGGAUUUUAUCGGAGGAGCGGAGAUUAUGUUUGAGCGACCCCCGGAGGUGUGUGUGGAUCUGCCGGAGGGGGAGUUCCUGGGACCACUGCAGUACCGCACCUGGAGGAGGAUGAGCGCUGUCCUUCAGCCAGGUGUGACAGCGGUGACUCUAAACCCAGACACCGCCUACCCCAGGCUGUGGGUGUCCACGUGCUGCACCCAGGUCAGUGUUGGGGACAUCCAUCCCAACCUGCCCAACAACCCUGAGCGCUUCACGCGCUACAACAUUGUCCUGGGAAGCCAAGCCCUCGCCUCAGGGCAACACUACUGGGUGGUUGAGGUGGGCACCAAGACGGCCUGGGGGCUGGGGGUGGCGGCCGCCUCGGUCAACAGGAAGGAUGAGAUUAGCCUGUGUCCCGACGACGGCUUCUGGACCCUGGUGUUAAGAGAGGGGCGGGGAGGGAGCGAGUACGAGGCCUGCACCAACCACGAGGAGAGCCUGUUGCACCCCCCUCGACCCCCCAGGAGGGUAGGGGUGUACCUUGACUACGGGAGGGGUGUGGUGGCGUUUUACGACGCAGGGGAUAUGAGUCACCUGUUCACCUUCUCCGACGCCACGUUCACAGAGCCAGUGUUCCCCUACUUCAACCCCUGGCCAAUCAUCAAAGGGAGAAACCGUGAGCCUCUUAUCAUUAUUAGCCCCGACCCGGAGGUAUGAGAGACCCGGUAAGAACUGUCAGAGAACACUGAGAACCAAAGACAAGAAAGUGGAACAAUGUAGAGAACCUGUGAGAGAAACUGCAAUGUCAUCAUCCUAUUCACUAACACUCACGGUUUUGUCGUUUAUGAACAUUUCCUGUAAAUAUGCUUCCAUGGAAUAUGUGGGUGUUUUGUGUUUAAAGAGAGCACAUGCCAGAGGACUCUGAAGGAAGCCACAUGGAAAAGCGAAUUGAAAAGCACCUUAAACAUGACAUUCUUUCCCUUACAAAUGGACAUGGCCAAAGACUGAAAUGACAAUUUCCUACUAUAUUUAUCUAAAGUGUGUAUAUAGUAAGAUACAGUGUUAUACAGUGUAUUUUACAUUUGAAUAGCGGAGUAUAUACACGGGCAAAUCAGAUCACGCCACCAUUCUGCUCCUCCAGGAAGCAGGAAGCACCCCAUGGCAAGGUCUGUUGGUGUGACCAAUCAGAAUCUAUGCUUCUAGAUUGUUUUGAUCACGCAGACUGGAAAACCUUCGCCCGCUUCCAGGACAACAACAUCGAGCCACCGACGCAGGCCCUUGACACUCACGGGGACCGUGUGCUCUCGUUCUCCGUGGCCGAUGUGCGUAAGACAUUUAAGCGUUGGCGGCCCAGGUUGGCGGCCCAGACGGCAUCCCAAGCCGCGUCCUCAGAGCACUGGCUGGAGUGUUAACGGACAUAUUUACAUCUCUCCAUAUCCCAGUCUCUUGUCUCUACUCUCUUCAAGAUGUCCACCCUUGUUCCUGUACCCAAGAAAGCGAAGGUAACUGAACUAAUGAAAUGACUGUCGCCCCGGAGCACUCACUUCUGUCAUUGUGAAAUGCUUUGAGAGGCUAGGUAAGGAUCAUAUCACCUUACCCGGCACCCUAGACCCACUACAAUUCGCAUACAGCCCCAACAGGUCGAAGGACGACGCAAUCGCCAUUAUACUGCAUACAGCCCUGGACGAGAGAAAUACCUAUGUAAGAAGUGUGUUCAUCGACUACAGCUCAGGCUUCAACAUCAUAAUGCCCUCCAAGCUCAUUACUAAGCUCAGGAACCUGGGUCCC